AUGGCGAUCGAGAUCCCGAGCGAGUACGGCUACGUCAUCGCCGCCAUCGGGGCGUGCUUCGUGCCCCUGAGCUACGGCGCCUACCGCGUGGUCGUGGCGAGGAAGACGUUCGGGGUGAAGUAUCCAGAUUUGUACGCGCCGCACGGCCACGAAAAGAAGAAAGAAUUCGAUUGCGUCCAGCGCGGGCAUCAGAACACGCUCGAGCAGUUUCCGACGGUGUUUCCGACGGUGGCGACGACGGCGAUGUGCGCCGGUCUCGCGUUUCCGCGCGCCGCCGCGACGUGUCUCGGAUUUUGGAUCGUCGGUCGCGUGCUGUACAUUCGCGGCUACGCCACGGGGGUUCCGGGCAAGCGCCAAUUCGGCGGCAUCGUCUCCCACUUGGGCGACAUACCGCUCGUCAUCAUGUGUUUCGUCGCCGGCAAGCGAUUCAUCGACGCGUGA